AUGACAUGCGAUAAUUCAGAUUAUUUAAAAUCAGUUGAAUUUGAUAAUAUUGUAAAAGGUAUUAUUGAUAAGUAUUUUGUGCCAUCAAGUAUAUUAGGGACCAUAUUUAAAGAAAAAAAACAAGUAAAACCAUUCAAGUGGUUACCUUAUUCUCAAUUUAAAGAUGUAAAAGAAAUAACAAAAGGAGGAUAUGGUAUUAUAUAUAAAGCAACUUGGUCAAAUAGAAAUGAAACUGUCAUUUUAAAAAGAUUUGAAAAUUCUAAAAAUAUUGGAAAAUAUUUCUUAAAUGAGUUAGAAUCAUGUAAUCAUUGUUUUAAAGAAUAUGGUCAUAUCAUUGAAACUUAUGGUUUUACAAAAGAUCCUAAAUUAGAGGAUUAUAUAUUAGUUAUGGAAUAUGCGACAGGAGGGGAUUUACAUAAGUAUUUACAAAAGAAUUUUACAAAUAUUACAUGGAAUAAAGAAAAAUUAUAUAUUUUAUAUCAAAUUUCAGAAGGGCUUGAAACUAUUCAUGAAAAAAAAUUUGUACAUCGAGAUUUUCAUAGUGGAAACAUAGUAUUAUUUAAGUCAAAUAAAAGUAAUAAUUGUGAUGAAUGGAAGAUUGGAGAUUUAGGAUUAUCACGAGCUGUAAAUAGUAAAUCAUCAAAUCAUGAAAUAUGUGGAGUAAUACCUUAUAUUGCACCGGAAAUAUUUAAAGGAUCAGAAUUUUCUAAAGAAGCUGAUAUUUAUAGUUUUGGUAUGAUUAUGUGGGAACUUACAACAGGUUGUAUACCUUUUGUUAAUGUUAAACAUGAUAAACUUCUUGUUUAUAAAAUCCUUCAUGGAGAACGACCUAAAAUUACAGAAGAUACACCAGAAUGUUAUGCUAAUUUAAUGAAAAGUUGUUGGGAUUCUGAUCCAAAAAAAAGACCUUCUAUAAAAGAUAUUCGUAUAACUCUUGGUGAUUGGAUGUAUACAAAUAAAAAUAAAGCAGAAUUUAAACAAGCUGAAGUAAAAAGAAAGAAAUCGAUAGAAUCAAAGAAGAUUAGACCUGAAUUUGCUGAAAAACGACAUUCAGGAGGCAAUUAUACGAGUAGAUCAUUAAGUGCUUUAAUUUCUAAAAUUUCAUCCUUCUAUCCGUUAACAAUUUCAUUUAAUUCUAGUCAUAUCUCAAAAUUAGAAAGUUAUAAUACAGAUAUUAUAAAAAGUUUAUCAUCACAAAAUUUAAAUUUUGCAAUUCAAAAAUUUUCAACUUCUUUAAAUUCUAGUUAUAUUUCAGAAGAAUUAGAGUUUGAUAUAAACACUGAAAGUUUAACAUCACAAGAUUUAAAUUCUACGAUUCGAAAUUAUUCAACCACUUUAGAUUCUAAUUAUAUCUCAGCAGAAUUAGAGUUUGAUAUAAAUACUAAAAGUUUCUUAUCACAAAAUUUAAGUUGUACAAAUCAAAAUUUUUCAACCUCUUUGAAAAAGAGAAGAAAUGAAGAAUUAUUAAAUGUUGAAAAUUAUGAUAAUAGUGGAAAACGUAUCAAAACUAGUUUCAAUUAUUUAUAG